AUGGCCUCCCCCCCAGAACUCCGCGUGCUCUGCUUCGGCGACUCGCUGACCGCGGGGUACGCCUCGUGGGGCGCGAUCCACCACCCUUACCAGGAGAUGCUGGAGCAGAUCCUAUCGAUGGCCUAUCCGGAUUUGAAGGUCGAGACGCUCGAGGAUGGCGUGCCUGGGGCAAUGGUCAAGAAUGGGUUUCAGACGAGGAUGAAUGCGCAUUUCGCGGGACCGAAGGACAAGAAGAAGAGGAGCGCUGAUGAGGAGGGUAGUCAGGAUGGGCAGGUGUUUGACUGGGCGAUCGUGCUGGGCGGGACCAACGACCUGGCCGUAGGCUUCCCAGUCGAAGACAUAUUCGAAGCCCUCAAGGAAGUCUGGAACGUGCCACUCGCCCACAAAUGCAAAGUCCUCGCCCUCACGGUACCAGAAACCGGCUCCAAGGGCGCCAUCCGCGAACGCAUGGACGCCCGCCGCAACAAACUCAACGAUCUGAUCAAGGGGUAUAAACGCGAGAAUUUCCACGUCUUCGACCUAAACGCCGUCCUCCCCUACCACGCCCUCUCCGAGCAAGACCGCACCCGCUACUGGGACGACCUGGUCCACCUGACACCGGACGGGUACGACUGGAUGGGCAACAAGAUCGGGGUGGCGCUGGUGAGCCUGUUGGCGGCGGAGAAGGUCAACAGUCCGCAGCGGCCGCAGAAGAGGAGGCGGAUUUUUAAGGGGGAUGAUAAUCAGUUUGAGGAGGAGAAGGAGGAUGGGGAGGGGGGAGGGGGGAUUGAGAGGGGGUAUGUGGUUGUGAGAAGGGUGGAUUUGGAGUGA